AUGGGUCGUUCGAAGCAGUUGUUAAAUAAUUCAACAAUUAAAUCCCCAAAGCCUAGUGCUACUCCGGAAUCAAAGAACAAGUAUCUCGUCAACGGCAAAGGCACUCCAUUGAGAGGUGGAUCAAAGCGUCCAGUCCCUGUCGGCAGCGACGAGAGUGAUGUAGAGGUUGAGACAGGUGCGUCGGGUGGAGAUGCUGGUGAACUAAGGAUGUCACAUAAGAAACUGAAGCUGGCGACUGAAAAGGGAAUGGAACUACAGAAAAAAGAUCUUAUCAGUGAGGAUGAAGAGGAUAAUGACGAAGAAAAUGAUAGUGAGGAAGAAGAGGAGGAGGACGAAGAGGAUGGAGAUGAUGAUGGUGUUGACGAUGACGAAAGCGAGGAGGAAGAUGACGACGAUAGUGAGGAGGAAGACGACGAUAGUGAGGAAGAGUCUAGUGAAGGAGAAGAAGAAAGUAAUAAAGACAAUUCAAAAGUGAGUACUGAGAAAGGUAAAGCCAUCAACAACCUGGUUGGGUCAAAAGCUGUCCAAAAACCUGGUUCGAUGUUGAACAAUGAGAAAUUGACGGAAAAUAAGAUAUCAAGAACACCGAGUAAAGUGACUGAGGGAUCUGAGCCACAAAGCAGUACAUCGGGCAAGGUCCUCAUACUACAUGGACCUGAAAACUUGGAUAGUUUGAAAGAAUUCCUUUCCAAAAUUAGCCCAGUGACCAGCAUAAGCAGGAUGGAACCAGCACCCAUAAUGGCUACCAUCGCUAAUAUAAGCAUUUUCAAAAGUCGAUUAAAGUCAGGAAAGUUGAUGUUUCAAGGGAAGGAGCUCGAAGUAAUACCUGUAGAUAGAGUCGAUGACGCCAAUAGAGGAAUGCAACCCACCAAAACUUUGUUCGUAGGUGGAAUUCCAAAAUCCCUGACAAUUGAACAACUAAAAAGUCAUCUCCCCAACAACUGUCAACCUGUUUCCUUAAAUUUGCUGAAUAAAAACCCUAAAAUCAAUAGUGCAUUUAUAUCCUUCUCCUCUAUUGAUGCGGCUAAGCAAGCUCACCAGAUUUUCAGUUCUUUAACUGUGGAAGGUCAAUUGUUCAAAGCUAACUUCGCUAAAGAUCAACAGCCUCGAGCUGGUCCUGAUGGUUCCGUAAGAGUCGCAGUUUCGAAUUGGGAUGGUCAUCCGAACCAGUUGCGUAAGCUAUUCCCGACAUGUUUAGACGUUCAGUGGAUUCAGAAAAAACGAAAGGCAUUUCUUAAAUUUCCUUCCUUGGAAGUCCGAAAGGCUGCUGUCUCACAGCCAAAGUUUCAUGCCGGUAAACAGCUGAAACUGGCAUUAACAGGAGGACCAGAGCUCAAAACUGCCAUCGUUUGGGGUUUUCCAGCUGACACAAAAGAAUCAGACAUCAAAGGAUUAUUUGGUGGCGUCGUUUCAGUGUCACGUGAUACAACUACUGGGAACCAGAGUGCAUCCAUGACUGUCGAGUUUGAAACCGCUGCAGAUUGUAAUAAUGCAAUUUCCUCAAACGCAACUCUGAAAGGUCGUCGCGUGACAAUAUUUUUAAAAGAUGUCUUUGUUGAUGAUUGUGCUAACAAUCAACAGAAGCGUUCUGGACCACCUGAGAAGAAAGCUAAACCUGCAGAAGUAGGUGUUUCGAAGGUCAAGGCUGCUCACAAAGUUUCAAAGGCAGAGGAGGUGAAUGACGCAGAUAACAUUGAAGAUGAGAAUGACGACGAAGAGGACGAAGAUACAAGUGAAGAUGGCGACGACAGUGACGAAGACGAUGAAAGUGAAGAUGGAAGCGAGGAAGAAGAGGAUGGGAGUGAAGACGAAAGUGACGAGGACGUUGAUAUGGUCUCACCUAAAGGCAAGGAGAAGAAGCAGUUUUCUGGCUUACACGACAAAAAAACUGGUGGGUUUCCGAAAGCAGACAAUCGUUCAGGAGACCAAAGCAACUUCAAAGCGCAGCACAAAUUUGGUGGUGAUUUCAAGCGCAACUCGUUUCGUGGUCGUGGUGGUCGGUCUCGCGGCCGCGGUGGUCAGUCGCCUCACGGUCGUGGUGGCCAGUCUUUCCGUGGUCGUGGUGGUAACCGUGGGGGCUGGUCAAAACGCGGUGGUUCUGAUUAA